AUGCCAGACCCAGAGGACCCAGAUCCCCUCCAAACGCCCUACAACCCACUAAUCAACCUCUUCAAUUCGCGCCCCGUUCUAGUUGACGAACUAUACCACCCCACCGAAUCCAACAAUAACCCAACUUCUGACCACAACUCCCUCACCUCCCCCAGCACCGAAAUUAAAACAAAACACAUCUUCCUCACACGCCCCUUAACAUCCCCUCUCCUCUUCGAAAACACCACCUCCGACGCCCGCGACCACUGCGCAAACGAACGCACCUUCCUCUCCUGGCUGCGGUUAUCGAUGUACCUUGCAAUCGUCUCCUCUGCGAUAAUAAUCUCCUUUCAUUUCCGGGCUCCGCCGACAAAGCUGGAAAAGCGCAUGGCGUUACCGCUGGGGUUGGUUUUUUGGGUGCUUAGUCUGGUGUGCUUGGCGAAUGGGUUGGCGAAUUAUGUGAGGACAGUUUGGAAGUAUAGUCGAAGGGCGGCGCUUGUGCAGAGUGGGUGGAAGACGCAGGUGCUGGUUGGGAUUGUGGGGGGUGUUAUCUUGGGAUGUUGUGUUUUGUUUUUGGUCACGGAUGCGAAGACGCAAUGA